CCAAUCUCAGCGCAAUCCGGGGAGCGCAAUCCACACCAGUGUUGCCCUCGACGCUGCUGGAGAGGCAAGUGGCACUCGGCAAGCGCCCACCGAGCGACAGGGGCAGCCCUCGGACCCACAAAAACCAUCGGUAAGGGCAGCGAGCUGAGCAGCCCGCCCGCACGACGGCGGCGCGCGUCGUCGACGCCAUGGAGCUCACCCGCCGCGACAGCAGCAUGAAUGCGCCGAGCAGCUGCGUGCGCAUGGUCGAGCAGGUGUCGUCCGUGCACGAUGUUGGCCUGUUACUGCAGCGCAUGGACAUCGCGACCUGCGCGGCGGCGGAACGGCACACGAAGGUGAACUGCGUGACCGUGGCGAUGGGCGACGUGGUCGUCGAGCACUCGCCGCGCGUCGGCGAGCUCCUCACACUCACUGCGGAGCCCGUGCUCGUGGGGCGGACGUCGAUUGAUGUUUCUGUCCGUGUCUCGGCCGAGAAGGGUCAGGUAAGGCGCCACGUCUGCGACGCGGCGUUCACCUACGUGACGACGCGAGGUCCGGACGGCGAGAAGCGCUUCUGCCCGCCGCUGGAAGAUGAUGAUGCAAGUGAACGAACUAGGUGGGCCCGGGCGACCGCGAAGAGAAGACGAGCCUUACUGAAGCUCGCGGCGCCGCCGCCGACGCCAUCAAACGAGACCUUUACCUUCGAGACCAUCGAAGUCGUCCUGCCCAAGCACCAGAACCACAUGGGUCACACGUUUGGGGGCGUCGUGAUGAGCUGGAUGCACAAGGCGGCCCGGACGUGCUGCGCGCGGCACUGCGGCUGCGCCGUCGACGCGGUACGGACACAAGGUGUGGAUGGUGUCUCAUUCAAUACUGGAUCGAAUGUGAGCGACCACCUCGUGUUUCGGGCAAGGGCGACGGCCUCGUUCGACGACGGGGGCGAGGUCAAGGUGCGGGCCGUGAAACGGGACAUCGCGACGGGGACUGAACAACUGAUCAACGUCGGCUACUUCUCGUUCGGCUUCUUCGACGGGAGACAGCGGUUCCCGGACGUGGUGGCCUGCGUGGAAAUUUCGGGCGAGCAGCGCAUCGGCUCGAUGGCGUGGAGUAACCUAACUCACUGGUCGAUUUCCGCACAGGUCAAGGCACCCGCUGAUGCGCUCGCGCGCCGGCGCAUGUUCGUGGCCCGAAGGCGCCUACUCACGUGCACGGGCGGCGCCCUCGCCUGGCACGCGUCGCUGGUCAAGGAGGCGCCGGCGCUCACAUUGGAGUCUUCAUUGAGACUGUUCCUCACGGACGAGCUCCGGUGGGAGCAUUGUGCAGAUGAUGUGGUGUGGGCUUCCGGAAAUGCAUGGGGCCGCGACUCGUUCGUCCUCAAGACGGACUGUAUCCUGCCAGGAGCGUCGGUCGACGCCGCGUUUCGAGUGGUUAAGGAUGACCGGCCGGCGUGGGACCACUUGUGUGUGGGCAUCGAGCAAGUUGAGAAUGGAGACGAGUGGGACAUAGUCCGACACGACUCCAAGGCGCCCGCCGCUGCGCGAUUCCUAAGGUGUCUGUGUAGGUGCUCGCUGCCGGCGUCGGUGGCGCGGCUGACGCUGCUCCGGGCGUGGCGGAAAGACGGAGAGGGCUACGCGCUCGCGACGCGGUCCGUUCGGCACGCGGACGCGGGGAAGGCGGACGCCGAGGUCCUGCCCGCCUGCUGGCGGCUGAUGCCUUGUGAGGCGGGCGUCGCGUUGUCCUACGCGGUCGAGUUCGAAUAUGCUACGUUGAGAGCCAACGCGCCGGGGCUCUCGGACGCGCGCCUGCGCCGGGCCAUGGCGCGCGCGGCGGCGACGUGGUGCCGGCGCCUGGCGGGCUUCGAGUUCCGGGAAAGGUGACUUUCUUAAGGCUGCUUGUAAAGCAUCUGUUACGGUG